ACAUUAUUUCAGGAUAGUAUAGUAUCUGAUAAAGAAAACGAUGAGGCAGAGUCCAACAAUGAAGAUAAGAGCGAAUCAAAUAAAGAAAAUGAAAUAAAAAUUUGUGAAAUCAAAAUCAUUAAAGUAGCAAAUGGACAUAAUCAUCCUAUGGCUAAAGAUGCAAGAGUUUUUCAUGAACAUCGCAAAUUAACAUAUGAUGCAACAUGCAUAGCUGUGCAAAUGUUAAAAGCUGGUGCCAAAUCUAGUAUGAUUUAUAAAGCCCUUAGAGAUGAAAACAAAGAGCCAAUUGUAACAAGAAGAGAUAUUUCUAAUUUGGGUACACAAAUUUAUUAUUCAAAGGAAAAUGCAUUGAUGGAAAUACUAAUAAUAAAUAUAGAAAAAAGAGGCUAUACUGUUCAUCGUAAAGACUAUAAAGAAGUUGUUUUAGUCGAUGCAACCUACAAAAUGAAUGUUUAUAAACUUCCAUUUGUAAAUUUCAUUGGUGUUAGUAAUAUUGGGGUUACCCGAUUACAAACCUUUGGAAUAGCUGAUGCUUGGAUCUCAGACAAAUCUGAGAAAUCAUAUGUUUGA